AUGGCACAGGAAGAAACGGACUUAUUGGUAAGUUUUGAUGUUGAAUCCAAGUUUACAAACAUCUCUGGAGAAAAUGCGCUAACGGCCCUGCUGGAAAUGCUGGACCGAGAGGAUGAUAUGCUGGAAUCACAACGGAUCAGGAGGGAGUCGUUAACAAGACUAAUCAACUUGACAAUGAGGACAACAUAUUUCACAUUCAACGGGAACAUUUAUGAGCAAAUAUUUGGACUUGCCAUGGGAUCGCCGUAUCUCAACACGUUUGGCAAACGUAGACAUGAACAAAAUAGAAGAGCACUUCAAGAUGGCACCGCGACAACCGGCAGUGCUCAUGCGGUACCUGGAUGGUUAUUUCGCAUGGAAGAGAAGAAAACUGGAAGAGUUUCUGCAUUUUAUGCACAGAAUGGGACGCUCAAGAAGAAAUUGAUGCAAAAGAAGCUGAGCUGGUGCUGGAACCGAGUGAAAUCGGUCAACCGGAACGCGAAGAAUCGGUCCCAGGGGCCCAUGAGGCAGAUCCGGACGGGAGGCUCGAAUCAGAUCAGACAUUCGACGCCAAAGCAAAUUCGCCAAAAGGGCACAUCUCUUGUGGAAUACAAACAUCCUUGUGUGCAAUUCAAUGUAAAACAUCAGCUCUACUCAUGUCGUUGUGGGAAAAAUCAGCUGCCCGUCCUGCCUCACUUUACACGAAAUAGGGUGAACACAAUUCGUGUCGAUGUCCGUCACAUGACGGACGAACGCUCAACAGGAAUGCAUCGGAGUCGCAGAGCAGUGCGUCGAGAACAUGUUCGCACAGAUCGACAGUCACAGCCUCGAGACAGUCCCACUUCGGCUUCCGGCGAGGCAGACUUACAACUUUCACUUCCACUCGCCUCUAUAAACGAACUGGGAGGUAUUCUACCUUCAAGGAAUUAG